CAUUUGCCGCAAGGAUGCAGACUCUUCGGAUCCUUCGCCGCGAACUCAGCAUCCUCGUGAUCCUGACGACCGUUCUGAUCCUACGGAGCGACGCCCAAGCGCGCGGCGUCCUAAAAGACGCCGCCAUCCGAGCCGCCCUCGAUACCAUUUCCGCCGGAAAACUGCCCCUCAGUGACGAUCGCCUCGUCCAAUUGAUACAGCAAUACGUCCGACGCGUCGUCGCCGCUCAGGCUGAUGGUCAACCGUCGGACGGAAUCGAGCUUGCUGCCAGACUUGCACAGGAAGCUGUGUCCCAGGUUACCGCCGCCUACGCUGCGGCCAUAUUUCAAUCUACGACGGCUCAGGAGGCGCAGCAACUCUUCGCCAGAUUUCAAGACACCGUUGACAGGAUCGUACAGUUCGCAAAGAGCGGUGACUUUGGGAUUACCGGUUUCGAUCGGCCCAACGAUCGAGGAAAUGAGCGCCGGUUCAAUUCUUAGAUUAGAGAAGUGACUUUUCGUCACUUCGGGUGAUACACAUAGGUGAGAUGUUCUAGGAAGCAUGAAUUUAUAUGCUUAGAUAAGAAUUCCUACGCGUAGGCUGUGUGCAUCUUAAUUGCGAUUAAAAUUUCACCACCGUAUUUCGGUGGCUGUGAAAUUGAUUCACAAUUUUUUGCCAAAUUAUGCUUAAUAAAUGAAUUGCAAGCUU